AUGGCAAUGAACUUUCUAAAAGAUAAUUUACUUUCGAGUAAGCAGAAUGAUCGAAAAUAUAAAUUUACAUCAGGUAAACAAGCAUUAAAGUCUAAUCAAUUAUUUACGUUUACCAACAGCAACGAUGAGCCGAUUGAGUUAGGUGUGAUCGAUUCAGAUGAUGAACAACAACAAGUAUUUGACCGAUUAAAACUUAAUGAAUAUGAGACUAAAAAUGGUAAAGAUGAGUUACUCGAAUUAGACGACGAUGUUGAAGGUGAACAAAAUCGAAUUUUACGCUCAAGAAUACUUAAACCAGAUCAAGAAACAAGACCUGUUGCACACGGAGGUGCAUCGAUUGUGAUUGUUGAAAAAGCAAUAAGGGAAAAUGAAACACUACAAGCUUUCGCAAUACGAUACAGAGUGCCAGUAUCACAAAUUAAACGCUUGAAUAAUCUUCACACUGAUCAAGAUUUCUAUGCUUUGACCAAAUGUCGGAUACCCGUGAGACGUUUUGGUUUACUUCAUGAAUGUGAUUUACCGUCGAAUCCAACCGUUGUAGACAUUGAACAACAGCAAGCACCGUACGUGUCUUCCUUAUCGUCAUGUUUAAGAACAACGAUGCCUGUAACACAUUUAUGUCAUUAUAAUCAGAAUAAAGAUGAAAACUCUCAAGUACAGGUUAAAACAUUUUUACAAGCAAUGGAUAAUGAUUUAAAAUUAAUGCGUGAAAAAGUUGCAAAUACCAUGAAAAAAAAUGUAACUGAAACAACAUUUCAUUCUUCAUUUACGAGACAGUAUUCACCGUUUAACCGUCGGUUAAACAUAAUUCGUUCAGCAGAAAAACAACAAGAUGAUUUGAAUUGUGAUGGUGCUGAUUGUGGUGCUAAAUGGUGGUAUGCCAUUUUUGUUAUUAUACUUUUUGCAUUGUUUAUACCAUUAAUUUAUGUUUAUAAUUAUUUAAAAAAAUGGAAACAAACAUGA